GGUCAUACAAAGAGCAUAAUUCUUAACUGAGGACUGUGGAAAUACAAAAAUGGAUUUGAAAAGCUUUUUUUAAAAAACAAAAUGCUAGUGUCCCAUGUUUAGACGUUUCUUUGUAAUGACAGUGUUAUAUGCUUUCUUCCUAGAAAAGAGCGUUCUGUGUGGUUUACUGAGUAAUUUUGCUUGCUUCUUCAUAGUAAGAAACAGUGCUGUAGCACUCACUUGUGGUAAAAUGUGGUCAUGUAUGUGACAGGAAAUGUUCUUGGUCCCCAGACGCUACUUGCUGAACCUCAGUUUUAAUUUCUGGCUUGCAAAUGUAAUUAACAUAUCAGCUAGGCGUUCCACUUGCGAGAGAAGAAACAGUAGAAGAAACUGCUCAAGUUCUACACAGGAAUUUAAAAGCACUUCAGGAGGACCUUUUCUACUGAAAUUAAAGGACAUUAUUAUUGAAUCUCUCCUUUGCCCAGCUUAUAAGAAGCAAAGUUCUAUGUAUAAUAUUUCAGCAAGAAACUACUGACAAGAAGCAGCAAGGGUUUGGAUUUUGCUUGCCGGAUCUUGUCUUUGUUGGAUUUUGCUCAUUGGUCUGAGAAGAUUUCAAAGAAAGCGAAGUUAUUUUUUACUUGUUCUUGAUCUUUUUUGAACUCUUGCAGUUUCAUUAUUUGCAAAGUGUUACCCUGAAUUAAUUUUUUAAGACUAAAGGAUGUCACAGCACCACAUUUGCCAUUGAAAGACCACGACUUGUUUUAGUUUGCCUUCCAUCUUUUCAGCUAUUGUGGCAGGUGUAGGUCUACACAGGCUAUAGUUUUACUACAGUAUAACUGAAAAUAUUUAAAGAAAAGUACAAUUUACAUAUAACUUUAUGAAAUACACCUGAUUAGUCUGGAGACAGAAUUUAUUUUUACAUAAUAUGAAGGUAUAAAACAAUCUGUAUGCUGCAAAUCUUAAGUGUGAAAGAUGUCUUGGAAGAGGAAUUAUUUUUCAGUGGGACGGGGCAGUGUGCAAGGAAUGUUCACUCCACGUAAUACAACAUCUAUAGCACCUAGUAAAGGCCUCAGCAAUGAGCCAGGACAGAAUAGCUGCUUCUUGAAUAGUGCAUUACAGGUUCUCUGGCAUCUGGACAUUUUUCGACGUAGUUUUCGACAACUUACAACACACAAAUGCAUGGGAGAUUCCUGCAUAUUUUGUGCUCUCAAAGGUAUCUUUAACCAGUUUCAGUGCAGCAGUGAGAGAGUGUUGCCUUCUGAUGCUCUCCGUAGUGCUCUUGCAAAGACCUUUCAAGAUGAGCAGCGUUUCCAGUUGGGCAUCAUGGACGAUGCUGCCGAAUGCUUUGAGAACCUCUUAAUGAGGAUCCAUUUCCACAUUGCAGAUGAAUCUAAAGAAGACAUCUGCACUGCCCCACAUUGCAUUUCACACCAGAAGUUUGCAAUGACCUUAUUUGAACAGUGUGUCUGUACCAGUUGUGGUGCCACCUCUGACCCAUUGCCCUUUAUCCAGAUGGUGCAUUAUAUCUCGACCACUUCACUCUGCAAUCAGGCAAUUUGCAUGCUGGAAAGACGAGAGAAGCCUACUCCAGAUAUGUUUGGAGAGUUGUUACAAAAUGCCAGCACCAUGGGGGACUUGAGAAACUGUCCGAGCAACUGUGGGGAAAAGAUUCGCAUUCGUCGUGUGCUGAUGAACUCUCCCCAGAUCAUCACUAUUGGGCUGGUGUGGGACUCAGAUCACUCUGAUCUGGCUGAGGAUGUCAUUCACAGUCUGGGCACCUGUCUUAAACUGGGAGAUCUCUUCUUCAGAGUAACCGAUGACAGAGCAAAACAAUGCGAACUGUAUUUAGUUGGAAUGAUCUGUUACUACGGGAAGCAUUACUCGACCUUCUUCUUCCAAACAAAGAUCCGCAAGUGGAUGUACUUUGAUGAUGCCCAUGUCAAAGAAAUAGGUCCCAAAUGGAAAGAUGUUGUGACCAAGUGCAUUAAGGGCCAUUAUCAGCCCUUGCUACUACUAUAUGCAGACCCAAGAGGAACUCCAGUAUCAACACAGGACCUGCCCACACAGGUAGAUUUACAUCACAGCAAGACUUACUAUGACAGUGAAGACUCAGGGCGUGAGCCUUCUAUCACAAGUGACACUAGGACAGACUCCUCUACAGACAGCUAUCCCUAUAAACAUUCCCACCACGAAUCUGUGGUCAGUCACUUUUCUGAUUCUCAGGGAACUGUCAUUUACAAUAUGGAAAAUGAUGUAGCUUCACAAAGCAGCAGGGACACAGGACACCUGACUGACAGUGAAUGUAAUCAGAGACAUAUUUCCAAAAAGGGCUCACUGACAGACCGUAAGAGAAGUUCCAGCAGGUCUCGGAGAAAGGGAGAUGAAUCACAGCCGUCAGGAUAUCACAGUGAAGGGGAAACACUGAAGGAGAAACAGGCCCCCAGAACUGCCCCUAAGAUAUCCACCAGCACCAACAGGCUAAGGGAAUUUAAAGAGACGGUCAGCAACAUGAUCCACAACAGACCACUGCAGACAAGCCAGGGCUGUCUACGUUCAGGAAAGGAUCAGACUGAGAUACAGUCACUGCCCAGAGCUCUACCUGCUCAGUCUCGAGACUGGGAAAUGGAGAGUACAAGCAGUGAAUCCAAAUCAAGUUAUUCUAGCAAGUACCGUCCAACUUGGAGACCCAAAAGGGAGUCGCUGAACAUAGAUAGCAUCUUCAGUAAAGAAAAGAGAAAACAGUGUGGCUACACACAGCUUAGCCCCUUCUCUGAAGAUCCAGGUAAAGAAUUUAUGGAAGAUGAGCUAAAGGAGCCAACCUCUCAAACAAGACCAAACCAACCAAACAGGUACAAGCACUGGUCUCUCGGUCGGGGUGCACACUAUAUGAUGGAUCAACAACCUCGUUUGAUUCAAAGGAUGGAAUCUGGCUAUGAAAGUAGUGAACGCAAUAGCAACAGCCCAGUCAGCCUGGACAUGCCUUUAUCAGAGAGCUCUAGCACCUCCAGAGAUUCUCAUAUAAAGCGACCUGGAGGUUUUGUUCCUGCCUGGCGUAACAUUCCCAAAUCACAUAGCAGCAGCAUCUUGGAAGUAGAAUCUACGUCAACCUCUAGUUGCUGGACAAAGAACAAGCACUCCGCUGGUAAUGGUGGGGAGGUGCUUGUCACUUCUAAGAGUGAACUAGAUGAAUUACAAGAAGAAGUGGCAAGGAGAGCCCAGGAGCAAGAACUCCGAAGGAAACGGGAAAAGGAACUGGAGGCAGCAACGGGCUUUAAUCCCCGCCCAAGCAGGUUCAUGGAUCUGGAUGAACUGCAGAACCAGGGGAGGACUGAUGACUUUGAGAGGUCUGUGCAGGAGGCAGAUUCAGUCUUUGAAGAGUCACUGCAUCAAGAUCAGAAGGGAGACUGUGCUGCAGCUUUGGCUCUCUGUAAUGAAGCUAUAUCUAAACUAAGACUUGCCAUGCAUGAUGCCAGCUCUAGCACUCACAGCAGAGUUCUAGUCGAUAAGAAGCUGCAAAUCUGUAUUCGAAAAGCACGGAGCCUCCAGGAUCGCAUGCAGCAACAGCAGCCAGCACAGCCGCCGCCCACCUGCCACCCGCCACUGGGGGGCAACAUGGCCCAAUCUACAAGUGAACAGACUGGCCCGCUCCAAGUACUGCUGAGCCAGAAGAUAGUACUGGAACCCAGCAGAGAAGCAGAACUUGGGUCCAGUUCUUACUUCCAUCCACCUGCUUCCCAUCAUGAAAUGCAGUCAUCCUAUCCCAAGUCCUUUCUCCCACCUUCUCCUGAAAGCCCCUCGUGCAAGACUUCUCUAAACUUUCCAGCUGCUUCUGCUGGUUUCAGUGAUCAAACACCCUCUUUUCCCUGUAGACAUGGGGUGGGUGACAGAUCCAUUAGAACAGAGAAUGACGUCCACUGUGAUACAGAGCUUAAGAGAGUCUCUCCCAUUAGUGUAAAAGACAAUAACAAUGGCAGCAGUAGCAGUAAGCUCGAAGAAGCACAUAACACAGCAGCUUCUCUCACACCAUAUUGCAAAUUGAAAAGUAAGAUGGUAAACGCUGGAUCUUUGCCUACCUUCUUCUCCUCUUCACAUCCAGUACCAGUACCAUCUGAUAAAAAAGGCAUUCAUAAUCCAUGCUUCAAACCAUCAAGCUUUUCAGAGAGGCCUCUUGUUGAGCAGCAGUGGGCCAAUCAUGUCAUAACCCUAGCUUCUCUCUCCCCUUUGCCUCAACGUCCUCCAGAUCCGUUACAGGCUGCAGAUAGGGACCUCAGAGCAAACAGCCACGAGAGUUUACAUGACUCACAGGAAGGAUUUGUCAAUGGGGAUUCUCUAAAAUCUGAGAUGAUCGGUGCUAAGGGGCAUGUUCGUUCCCUUGCAGAACAAUUUCAGGGGUUGCAGGGGGUCUCUCAGAAGGAGGGCACUUCUGAGAAAGAAAGGGAAGUGUCUGUCUGUCAUGAUCAGUAUGCACCAAAGUUACAGCAGGAAUCCUUCAGCAAUACUACAUUCUUUGGGUGUAGGCAGCCAUUGGUUGGAAGACAAGAGAAUGGAAUAUGGCCUGCUGAAAAGUUGAGGUCAUGUCUGAGUUCUAAAGAUGAGUUCAGUUCUGACGAUUGUUUUAAUACUCAUAAUAAAAUUUCUAAGAGUACUGGAUCACACAACAAAGAGCUAUGCAACAAAGGGAAACAAAGUUGCAUGGAUCCCGAUUUCUUCCUGAGGAAGUUCAACCACGAGAAAGAAGUGAGACAGGUGAAUGACAGCAAUCCUGCUGGCUUGGUUACAUCUGUGCCUGUGGACUGUUGGGCAGACAAUGUGAAAAGGUAUUAUAGUUCUCAGCUGGACUGCAAGAAUGCCAACUGUCUCCUGGUGCCUAGGAACAAGUCACCUGUGUCUAAUCAAAUAGCCAUUGGGCAGGACCCAGUGCAGAAGCACCCACAAUGGAAUCAAGACACAGAGCAGGAGAUUUCUGAGCUGGAAUCACUGUAUCAGGCUAGCUUACAGGCACCUCAGACAAGCCAAUCUGUAUCAGGAAGGCUGGACAAUUCCUGGCAUCCUUUGGGCAAGACAGCAUCUGCAAACAUGCCUACAAGAAAGAUGUGCAGUGUAGCUUGCAUGGGUCUUUCAAAAACACCAACAGCAGAGAUUGAACGCAACCUCUACGGAACUUUUGCAUCUCCACUUUCCAAGGUACCAUACACAAGAAACUAUGGUAAAGAGCCAGAAGAAGAGAUGUACAGUGCAGAGAACUUCCGUCGCAUUGCUCGUAGUCUCAGUGGGACAGUCCUCUCAAAUAAGGAAGAGACACUUGUUUCUUCCCACAGUUUUGAAGCGUCUCAUGAGAGGAAAAUGCCAGUGGAAGCGAGACACCGUUCCUCCAGCACCACUUCCCUCACUUUCCCUCACGAUUCUCCUCCUGUGUUACCCUUUGAACCCCAGCACUAUUCAACUCAACUGCAGCACCUCUGCCAUGAUGCACCAGUGCCUAGCAUGGUGGGCAAGACACCUCGACAAUCAGGAAAUCAGAAGAACAUCGAAAAAAAUCUGGUUGUGCCUGACAGGGGUGAAUCUUUCCAAGGUGAAGACAACCCAGCUGUGGCACUGAGUUAUGGGAGCCUCACUUACAAACAGCAGGGCCUACUUUCUCAGGGGCAGAGACCUCUUCUUAAUAAACAUUUAGGAAGCAAAGAAACACCAGGCACCUCUGGCCACUGGCUGCAGAUCAGUCACACUUCCAGACAAACAGCAACACUGCCGGACAGGCAAACAAUACAUUGGGGAUAUGUUGCUCAAACAAGCAGGGGACCACAAGAACGUUUACUCCAGCAGCCACUGCAGCAAGGAAAGCAUACCGUUUGUGGCACUGAUUGUAGACCAUCAGUUGGCAUGAACUACAGUACAUUAUGUAUGUCCCAAGGAGCUUCAAGAGACAUGGAUGGCUUUCAAGGUUGUCCUGUGCCACCUGCACAUGCUAAGGCUCCAGGUCCAAGGAGGGUAGAUAUGCCCCCAGAUGAAGACUGGCGGCAGAACAGUUAUACCUCUCAGCCUGGAGCAAGGAGAAUGUUGCCAGUGCACAUGAUGGAUGGAACGUACCCAUCCACUUCUGAAAUGUACCGCAAGAUUUUGGCCCGUGCAGGUGCUGCUUCCGUGCACAACAGUGACUGGUGAUGUUUCAUAACAGAACAAUCAUGUCUGGAGGCAGAAACAGGUUGUCUGAACUGUCAUUACUGGAAUGCAGCUGAUAACAAGACCAGGGCCGGUUGUAAAGGGUGGCUAGGUUGAGCACUGGCCCGAGGGCCUCUGGAGGCUGGAGCUACAGGGGGGCCCUCAGCAGCCCCUCCGCGCGCACCCUGUGAUCCGCGCCCCCCCUUACCUGUCUGCUGUCUUUUACCAUUGCCCUUAACAAAGAUGGCAGCCGCAAUUUCCCUAAGGUACUGAAGCCCCGGCCUCCAUCUCAGUUGAUGGCAGAGAUGCACGUGCGUAGCACACACGCGUGCCAUCAACAAAGAUGGCGGCGGAGGCGUCGUCCCCUUAGGGAAACUGCGGCCGCCAUCUUGGU